CGAUGCCAAGGAAGCGCAACGGAUAUGGUGAUGGCCAUGAGGGAGUUCCUUCAAAGAAGCCGAAGCGCCCUCCACCUCAUAACAGGGCUUCCCCUAACUCACUUUUGACUGCCUGUAAAGGUUUGUCUGAUGGUAGGAAAAAUGCUAUCGACGAAAUGGACUUCAAAAGCCUUCGGGAGAUCAAGUGCGGCCACCCAUUCAGUUUCCUUAGUGAAUGGCUUGCCAGGUUAUACGAGCCAAAAUCUCGUGAAGUGGUUGUUCCAGGGCGUGGCAGGAUCCCUGUUAAUGAAGAGUCGGUUCAUCGUGUGAUGGGUGUGCCCCGUGGUAGGGAGGAUGUCCCUUACAAUCUACCUACAGAAGCUGAUAUUGAGUUAGGUAUUGAGAUGUUUGGUGAGCUUGGACAUACGCCGAAGAUGACAGAUGUCCUUGAUCUUAUAACAAGUUCUGUCAAUAUUGAUGAGAAGUUCAAGCCAAUGUGGCUUAUGCUUGCCGGCAAUAUUGUCAUUGCGCCUACUACAUCCAACAAGAUUAGUCCUAGGUGGUAUGGUGUGUUGCAAAACAUUAAUAGAGUUAAAGAUCUAAACUAGUCCAAGUUCAUUGCUGAUGAGCUCCACAAGGCACUGUCAAAGGGAAAGCCUACAAAGGGAUGCCUUCUUUUCUACAAUCUUUUGUACAUUGACGCGAUUGAUCUUACUGGUCUUGGUAUCGCAUUGCCCGAUGGUGCUUUUGCUAUUAAUGUUUGGACGAAAGAGAAGAUAUCUGAAGUGCUUAGUAGGGAUGUCCAAGCGGACGAAAUUUCUUAUGGGAAACUACCGUUGAAACCCCAGUUUGGCGCCGAUUUUUGCUUGUUUGGCGGUUUACAAGGUCUUGGGAAAUUCAUGCGUGUGCAUGUCCCACCAAACUGCAGUGAUGAGAAACUUGCAAAGGCUUCUGAGCUUGUCGGUCGGUUUUCGUCUGCCUUGGUUGGCCUGCUUGGCGAUCUUGUGCAAGGGUUCAUCUCCCUUGAUGAUGAAGGCAGUUCACAUGUGUCUCAUCGACUAGACACGGAUCUUAGGGGAAUUUCUUUUGGUACUCACAAUAUGGCAAAGCCCCCUCCUGCACGCCGUACCUGUCAAAUAGACAACCUUGGAAAGAAUAUUAUUGAUGAAUCGGAUACUGACAAUGAGACGCAGGAUAACGACGAUGACGACUCUGAUGAUGAUGAUGAUGAUACAGACUUUCAAGUUUUUUACCAUGGUGAAAAAGGCCAUACUGGUUCUUCUUCCUGUAGCGGGGCAGUGAACGUGGCUUCUGGCAGCGGGGUAGCAAAUGUGGACGCGCCACCCAAGCCUGCCCAACUAUCAGAUAGGGAUAUUCAUCUUUCUGUCAUGAAAUUGGUCAUCCAAGAGCUUGGGAUCCGUGUGGCUGACAAGGGCGCUGGUGAGGUCAUUCCACCCUCAACUCAGAUUAAGCAGGUUCCACGCAGGUCACCCAGCAAACAAAUUGGUACACUUGAGGCGUCAUCUAGUAUCCCACGAUCAAGUGCACCCGACAAACAAGUCUGUUCACUUGAGGCGUCAUCUACUAUCCCGAGAUCAGCCAGUCAAAUCAAAAGAAGGCUGCUACAAAGCCUUCGUCGAAGCAGCGGCUACUUGCGAAGUUGCAUCUGAUGUUGUUGAAUCUGUAAAACAACUUGCUGGAGUGGCCACCAUCACUUCUGUUGUUGAAGAGCUCGCCUCUGCAGCUGUUAAUGAUGAAUUGCAUGCUGAGGAAAUUCCUGCUGCAGACAUUGGUAUGCAUGGAGGAUCACUACUCUGAUGUUAAACAUACAUACCUGGUUUGUGGAUUUUUUAUGCGAUUCUUUUUUCAAUGUGAUAAAAUAUGUUUUUUGUCCUCUCAUAUGA